AUGUCCGCAGACUUCUGGGCCGGCUACGUCUCCGGAGCAGCAGGAAUCAUAAUCGGCAACCCAUUGGACAUAGUGAAAGUAAAUCUCCAACGAGGAGACCGCGGCACCGCAACACUCGCACCACCCAUCACAACAACAUCACCAAUUCAUCCUUCCUCUGCUUCUUCAACCUCUUCAAUUCACCCAGCAUCAACGAUCACCACUACAAAAAAUGCAGCAACCAACCUUUCUACUCUGCUCAAAGGCACCGCCGCCCCAAUCCUCGGCUAUGGCGCUUUGAACGCUUUGAUGUUCAUGACAUACAACCGCUGCAUGGCUUCCCUCAACCAAGACCCCUCCCAUCCCACCUCGUUAUCAAAAACAUGGAUCGCAGGUGCAUUGGGCGGUCUGGCCACUUUUCUCGUGUCUGCACCAACAGAGUUGAUAAAGUGCAGAGCUCAGGUCAGUGGAGCAGAGGCCAGUUCGUGGGGGAUAGCGAGGGAGUUGUGGAAAGAGAGGGGGUUGAGAGGGUUAUAUUGGGGCGGUGGGGUGACGAGUUUGAGGGAUAGUGUCGGUUAUGGGUUCUAUUUCUGGUCUUACGAAUUGAGUAAGAGGGUCUUGAUUUCUGAAAAGGCGGAAGGUGAGAAGCCUGAGUGGAUGACCAUUCUUCUUUGUGGUGGUAUCGCUGGUGUGGUCACUUGGGCUUCUGUGUUUCCUUUGGAUGUCAUCAAGACAAGAGUACAAACACAAGGCAUUGCACAUCCACCGGCAGGUAUACCCUCGGGAGAACAGUCGGGGUUGCUUCCAUCGCGGGAGUCAGGCCGGUUGGGUACAAUCCAGAUUGCUAGGCAAGCAUAUCGUGAAGAAGGACUAUCUGUCUUCUUCCGCGGCUUGGGUGUCUGCAGUUUCAGAGCCUUCUUCGUCAACGCUGUACAAUGGGCCGUGUACGAGUGGAUGAUGCAUAUAUUGCUUCCUACAAAGGUUGGACAGACUCCAAGCAAGCACGACUAA